CAGCCCCCAUCGACCUCCAAACUUUCAUUAAGUCGGCAGCACCGGCGGCGGUGGCGGCUCUGGGCCUGUUACGGCACCGGUACCGGUUUGGGUGCGGUGGAGCGGCGCACCCGUGGGCCCACCAGGCGCGGCGGUGGUGGCCGGGGGGAGGCAUGGGCACGCUUGCUCUGUCCGUGGAUUGAAGCGCACCGGUGUUGGUGCCACAGCCAGCGCGACGGAGAGUGGGCAGGCGAGGGACCCCGCUCCAGCCUCCAGGGAUGGCCGAUAAGUGCAGCGAGGGGCUGCUGAACGGCGCCGUGCCCGGGGAGCGAGGCAAGCAGGACAAGAGCGUCAAGCGUGGCAACUGGGGCAACCAGAUCGAGUUCGUGCUGACCAGUGUGGGCUAUGCCGUGGGGCUGGGCAACGUCUGGCGCUUCCCGUACCUCUGCUACCGCAAUGGGGGAGGUGCCUUCAUGUUCCCCUACUUCAUCAUGCUGGUGUUUUGCGGUAUCCCCCUCUUCUUUAUGGAGCUCUCCUUCGGGCAGUUCGCCAGCCAGGGCUGCCUCGGGGUCUGGAGGGUCAGCCCCAUGUUCAAAGGCGUGGGCUACGGGAUGAUGGUCGUGUCCACGUACAUCGGGAUCUACUACAACGUGGUGAUCUGUAUUGCCUUCUACUACUUCUUUGUGUCCAUGACGCGUGUGCUGCCCUGGACGUACUGCAGCAACGCCUGGAACACGCCUGACUGUGUGGGGGUGCUGGAUGGGAACCUCUCCAGCCGCGCUGCCCUCAACCUCGCCCUCAAUGCCACGCAGAAGCGCACCAGCCCCAGCGAGGAGUACUGGAGGAGGUAUGUGCUGGACCUGUCUGAUGACAUCGGGAAUCUGGGCGAGGUGCGGCUGCCCCUCCUGGGCUGCCUUGGUGUCUCCUGGGUCGUCGUCUUCCUCUGCCUCAUCAAGGGUGUCAAGUCCUCGGGGAAGGUGGUGUACUUCACGGCCACCUUCCCCUAUGUGGUGCUCACCAUCCUCUUCGUGCGAGGCAUCACGCUGGAGGGGGCCCUCACUGGCAUCAUGUACUACCUGACACCCCAGUGGGACAAGAUCCUUGAUGCCAAGGUGUGGGGUGAUGCAGCUUCGCAGAUCUUCUACUCACUGGGCUGUGCCUGGGGUGGGCUCAUCACCAUGGCCUCCUACAACAAGUUCCACAACAACUGCUACCGGGACAGCAUCAUCAUCAGCAUCACCAACUGCGCCACCAGUGUCUACGCCGGCUUCGUCAUCUUCUCCAUCCUGGGCUUCAUGGCCAACCACCUGGGCGUGGAUGUCUCCAAGGUGGCCGACCAUGGCCCUGGCUUGGCCUUUGUUGCCUACCCCGAGGCCCUCACCUUGCUCCCCAUCUCACCCCUCUGGUCCAUCCUCUUCUUCUUCAUGCUCAUCCUCUUGGGACUGGGGACACAGUUCUGCCUGCUGGAGACGCUGGUCACGGCCAUUGUGGAUGAGGUGGGCAACGAGUGGAUCAUCCGCAGGAAGACCUUUGUGACUCUGGGGGUAGCCGUAGCGGGCUUCCUGCUGGGUGUCCCGCUCACCACACAGGCGGGCAUCUACUGGCUCCUGCUGAUGGACAACUACGCUGCCAGCUUCUCCCUGGUCGUCAUCUCCUGCAUCAUGUGUGUGGCCAUCAUGUACAUCUACGGGCAUCGGAACUACUUCAAGGACAUUGAGAUGAUGCUGGGCUUCCCACCACCGCUCUUCUUCCAGAUCUGCUGGCGCUUCAUCUCACCUGCCAUCAUCUUUUUCAUCCUGGUCUUCACAGUGAUCCAGUACCGGCCCAUCUCCUACAAUGACUAUGUCUACCCCACCUGGGCCAUCAGCAUCGGCUUCCUCAUGGCACUUUCCUCUGUCAUCUGCAUCCCCAUCUACGCCAUCUACAAAGUGUGCUGCUCUGAGGGGGACACACUGCUGGAGCGCUUGAAAAAUGCUACCAAGGCAAGCAAGGACUGGGGCCCGGCGCUGGCAGAGCACCGCAGCGGCCGCUAUGCCCCAGCGUUCAGCCCCUCCACUGAGUCCCACUUGGAGGUGCAGCCCCUGCAGCCGGAGAAGAGCCGGAGUGAGGCAGAGGCUGCAUCCCCCGUGCAGGGCAGCAACGGCUCAGCCCACAGCCAGGACUCCAGACUGUGACCCCCCAACAUCCCCGCACCCCCUCUAACCCCUCCUGCGCGGUGACACUUUCGCACCUUCCGCUGGCGGAGCCUGGCUCCGGGCCGCACCGGACCACGGGGGGCUCUCAGCACCCGUCCCCGAGACCCCCCCACGUCCUCACCGGUUAACUCCCCCCGACCCCCCCGUGGCGUUCGUUAACCCUCACGUUUACGGUAACCUUUGUGUGCGACGCUGGGACAAGAGAGGAGGGGGCACAGCCCUGGGAGGGCCGGGAGCCAGAGGCACUUUGCAGGGGACCUGCUCCGGGGGGGAGGCACAGGAUGGGGGGAGUGGGAUGCCCCAUGGCUCCCGGCCCCCCUACAGCCAGGUGCCCCACCGUGGGGCACCCUCCUGGCCUAGCCAUGGGAAGGGAGUGGGGUAGGACCACGUUGAGACUGCCCAUGGCCACCCCAAGUGUAUGUGCACAGGGGCAUUGUGGUGGGGUUGGCACUGCAGGACCCCCCAGCCAAGGUGGGCACCCACUGUGGCUCAGAGCCUUCAGGGUCCCACUGGUGGCCAUGCCCAGGGAUGGUGCCAGGCACAGAGCUAGCACAGGGAGAUGGGAACAAGCACGCUGCCUGCAUGGGCAGUGGGAUCUUAACGGCACAAGACACAAGCACUUAGAGCACACGUGUGUGCACGUGUGUCCCUCAUAGACAGAUUAAGGGCAUGCAUGUGGCCUAUGUGGGCACGCACAUAUGCACGGUACCCCAGGGCUGUGCAGGCGGUGAGCUGGUAUGUACCCCCACCAUCCACCCCUCCACCCUGUGGCCCCUCUGAGAGGCUGUGGGUGCCCAUCUGGGUGGCCAGGCAUCACCAGCAAAGCUGGUGUAGCCAUAAGAAGUGUGGGCACAGCCUGAUGCUUCUGCCUGCCCCAUGGUGGGAUAGGCAAGUACUUAAGCCUGUUCGGGGGUUGAUGGGGCAGGACCAGGGGCCAGCUCUCCCUGGCAGCCCUGGCAUGGGCAGGGGGGACCUUCCAUGGUGCUAAGGGGGAGCAAGGUGGACCGAUCCCCCCCCCCCCCCCCAGCUGCUGCUAGCAAGAGGUACCAGCAGAGAAGCAAAGGGCUGCACCAGCCCGCUCACUCCGAGCCAUCUGAGGACACUCUGUCCCCAACCAGUAUUAGUGGAGCAGGAUGCACUGGCAAAGGCCGGGCGGUUUUAAAUCUGUCUUCCAGCUCCAGCCAAAGGGCCUGGAGCUCUCAAUCCGGGGUGGGUGGGUGAGACCCUUCCCACCCCGCUGUUCCCCUCCCAGCCAGCGCCCUGUGCUCCCCAUGCUGCAGCCCAGGGCUGGCACAGGGACACGGCGUGGCUCGGCACGGUGGUGGGAGGCGGUGGGCGGUGGGUGCUGAGCCCCGGCAGGAUGUUCCAGCUCCCCCCGUUCCCCGUCCCGAGUCCCCCACCGUGCCGCGGAGAGGGGCACAGUUUCCUGCAUGGUGCCCGUGCCCUGCCCCAUGUGUCACGCCGCUACUCUUCACCUCUAAUUGUUAGCAAUAACGCGUGCGUCCCUGGGCAGUGCUGCCUGUGCCAGUGUAUCUCCCGGUGUAGAGUUCUAAAGUAUCCUAGAUUUUAAUGAGAUUUAUAUUCCUGAA